AUGUCUUUCUUCAACACCUCUGAAAUUGAAAUCUCUAUCUUCUUUUUGAUUGGCUUCCCAGGGAUGGAAUCACUCCAUAUUUGGUUCUCCAUUCCCAUAUGCUUCAUGUACCUGGUUGCCAUCUUGGGGAACUGUAUCAUCCUCUUCUUCAUAAAAACAGAACCUUCUCUGCAUGAACCCAUGUACUAUUUUCUUUCCAUGCUGGCAAUUUCUGACCUUGGUCUGUCUCUCUCCUCUCUUCCUACUAUGCUAAGGAUUUUCUUGUUCAAUGCCCCAAGAAUUUCCCCUGAUGCUUGUAUUGCCCAAGAAUUCUUUAUUCAUGGCUUCUCUGCUAUGGAAUCAUCUGUUCUUCUCAUCAUGUCCUUUGACCGUUUUAUUGCCAUCUACAACCCUCUGAGAUAUGCCACUAUCCUUACCAGUGCCAGAGUCACCAAAAUUGGGUUUGCUUUCUCUCUCAAAAAUUUGUUGUUGAUCCUCCCUUUCCCUUUCACUCUAAAGCAUCUAAGAUAUUGUAAGAAGAAUCUCCUAUCCCAUUCCUAUUGCCUCCAUCAAGAUGUCAUGAAGCUGGCUUGCUCUGACAAUAAGGUCAAUGUCAUCUAUGGCUUAUUUGUAGCUUUCACAGGAAUCCUUGACUUAACAUUUAUUUUCAUGUCCUACAUACUGAUACUGAAAACAGUGUUGAACUUAGCAUCACAGAGAGAAAGACUCAAGGUCCUCAAUACUUGUGUUUCCCACAUUUGUGCUGUGCUCAUCUUCUAUGUGCCCAUUGUUUCUCUAGCAGUCAUCUACCGAUUUGCCAAACAUAGUUCCCCUACCAUUAGGAUCCUUAUGGCUGAUGUUUUUCUCCUUGUGCCUCCAUUGAUGAACCCCAUUGUAUACUGUGUGAAGAGCCAGCAGAUAAGAAAUUUGUUCUUAGGGAAACUAUGUCAAAAGCAAAGUUGA